AUGCAACCUUUGGACAGUGAUCGUCGACCUUUCUAUGAUGAUAUACAACCAUCGACCCAUCCGAGCAUACCAUGCAAUCACCCUCAUGACCCGUACAUCUCCGGCUAUGCUUGUUUAGACUACCAACAACUUACUCAUUCUGACUUCUCAACCCCCGCGGUUACUCUACAAUUGCAAACAGACAACUACGCAGAUUCAAGAACCAACUGUACGCCGAUACAACACACCCCGUCCGGAUCUCAUGGCGUAUAUGCGGAUCAUCAUAUACCACACUGUCUCCGCUCAAGCAGCUUCUCGGAUGGAACUAGAUCCGUAGGGCUGACACUGUCCACCUCAGCACUCACUGUGUCCGGCUCGAUACCGGUUACACCUCACUCAGCCUAUCUGCUGGGCUCUCUUACCUCCCCUGUUACAGCUUUUUCAGCAGAUGUCGUUACUGCCAGUUCAUUCCCUUCUGAUACAUGGCCGACUUGCAACCAAACGUACACUGCAUGGCCCCCCUACGUGGCCGACGAAAUGCAGUACGAAAGCCCAACCACUGCGGGACUAUCUUUGCAAUCGCUACCCGACAUAUUGAAGCCUGUAUUGGGUGGAGAUUAUAAUGGGGAACACAAAUACAUCGAUCAGAACAUGACCACUACCUAUACAAACGCUUUUUGGCGAAGCCAGGCAGCAUUAACAGGGAAAUUAGGUGCUGCGAAGAACAAGGAGAAGCUUAGAAAGAGACGGCGACACCGACUGGCACAGACAGAGGACGGACAAUUGGUUAGCAGCAAGCUUGAAGACGCAGAAUCAGCACAUAGCCCGUCGUCAGCCGGCAUGAAACUCUCAGCUGCUGUCAAUCGAAGCUUGACGGCUAGCCGCCCGUCCUCGCUGUUAUGGGUGCAGGAAGAUGUUGCUGGAAGUUUGAUGAACCCAAAAGGCAAAGAAAGGGGGCGAAAGGAAGACAACAAGAGCAACAAGAAAAGGAAGCAGCAACAACAGCAACAACAACAACCAGUUCAACAAUCACACAAGGGGGUCAGCUUGGAAAAGAUAACGAGUAGAAGAGCCUUGUAUGUGGAGCAAGCAUGGGAAGCCGGGACCUGUGACGGUGACACGGACAUGGUGUUGGACCAUGACAACAACAGCAACAGGAGCUAUUCCGUCACUGGGCAUGAUUUGGACCUCGACACAGCACAUACAGCGAGUCCCCGGCAGGAAAUCGCCCGCGUCAAGCACAACAAGGUAGAACAAAAGUACCGUAACCGACUCAACGCCCACUUCGAAGCGCUUUUGGACGUCCUCCCUCCCUCGGUCGCCCUGUCCGGUGAGCAAGGGUUCGAAGCCGAAACCACAGAGCAGAUACAGCCACUGAAAAGACUUACCGAUAUGGCUGAGCUGGACAUUCCGGACAAGGAACGCCGAGUGAGCAAGUCUGAGGUCCUUGACCGCGCAAGGAUGUACAUUCAGACAUUGGAGAACGAGCACAAGCGACUGGCGGCGGAGAGGAAGCAGUUGAGGAAGAUCUGGGAUGAGUAUGGGAAUGCGAAUAGGGAAGGUCAAUGA